AUGAGUGUUCCCGACGAAGUUGAUCCGGACGACCUCCUCCAGCUGCUCGGGAAAGCGACGACGUGCGCGAUCCUCGCGGCCACGGGCCCCCAGCGCUCGCGCCUCCUCGCCACGCUGUACAAGGACGAGCGCAUCAAGUCGAUGGAACACGCGGGUAUUCUCGAGAAGCUCUACUUGGAGCGCCGGUCGGACAUUGCGGCCUUUGAAGAAGGCUUGCUGCCGCACCAAAAGUAG